AUGCCACACGCUGUCGAACCCGUCUGUUCGCUACCUGAGCGACUGAAAAAACGGACUAUUACGAGCGUAAAUGAAUUCGAUUUGGCAUGCUUACCAAAAAUAACACCUACAUCACUGUACUUAGAAACUACAAUUGGAAAUAAUAUAACUUUAGAGUGUAUUGUCAAAGCCAUACCAGAAGCUAAAAUACAAUGGUAUUUUCAGGGACAACUUAUUCGAAACUAUUCAACAUCUGCCAUUGAACCUCAUCACGUCUUUUAUAUAGAAAGUGGCGUGAUAGAUAAAAAGAGUGAGCUAUUUAUAAUAAAUAUUGGAAAUGAUGACAAUGGUACAUAUUCAUGUUUAGCGGAAAACUCUGCAGGACGAAUUCAUUCCAAUUAUACUAUAAAUAUUUUGAUUAAAGAAGAACCUGUUGUCAUCGUGGUAACAUUUCCCCACAGACAUGUAGUAGUCAUAAUAACUAUAAUUUUUCUUAUAUUUGUUUUGUUGAUUGCUAUAAUAGCAGUGGUAUUAUUGAAGUUUAAAACUGAUACCAAAAGUCGCAAGAAAAAAGAAAGUGGGAAAGAUGUGGCACUUUCCAAUCAAAUUUUACCAUCGACUCGCAGUAACGGAUCUUUGCCAAAAAAUAACGGAAGUUUGAUAGUAAACGCCCAUUCUCAUCAUGCUUUGCAUUAUACUGUGCAGACGAAUAGGGAUUACGAGUCAAGCAAUACAUACCAAAGCAAUAAUAUGAAAGGCUUUGUCGACAGAAAUCCCGACUUAAUUAGUGACGCGGAAACUGUCGCUAACAACGCACAAAAUGAGAAUACGGUACUUUCCGUUUACAAAACGCAAAGUACUAAUGAUAUUUUAGAAGAGGAGACUACAUUUACUACAUCAACAGUACCUCGUCAAGUUACGUGGCAAGAUCAGCAAAAUUUGAAUAGCAUGCCUCCUCUGAGUAUGCCUCCUAACGCUCUGUAUCAACAUUCCGCCGAUGUACAUCUUAAUCCUGGUUGCUUCUUAGACAGCGAAGGCUACCCUUACGACUUUGGCCUUCCAAAACAUCCAUGUCGUCCACCUAUGAUGUCAAAUUACUCCGUAGUUGGACCAUUUUAUCAAACAUUACCACAUAAUAGGCCUAAAGGACAAAAAUUAGUAUGCAAAUUUGCAAAAGAUACAGAAUUUAAUGCUACACCACCACCAACUUGUCAAAAUUUUGAACCUUUUAACGCCACUAACGUACGACGUACCCUGGAAGGGUAUCCUGUGCCACGAAAUCGACAAAUUGCUUUUGUAGGAACGGGAACAGUGUAUUAUAACGAAGAAUUUGUACCUUCCCCACCGGAAGGUUAUAAAACUGAACCAAUACAAUGCUGUGUACCAACAGAACCAUGUUCAACUUGGAACCCAAAAGGUACUUGUGCAGUAAUGGUCCCUAUGGGAAUGCCUGAAGGGGCAGGUCGGUGCUACCAAGUUGAAACCAGGUGUGUCGAUACUCAAACAACAGAUGCUAGAAAUCCAACAGAAGGGACUGAAAAUGGCUUGAAACCAUUGCCUCAAGUGUCAAAUGCUAAAUGUGCUUCAGAUAUGUGCUCCGAAAGCCCAGAUGAAGGUUAUGUAGGUGAUGCAAAUGAUAUCUGA